AUGUCCAAUGUCGAUAUAACAAGCGAUGGCCUGAUAGGCGUCGAUUAUGAUUCCAGAGGUUAUUUACAGCAUACAUGGCCCGUACCGGUCGACCAGGCGUCCCAACGGCCCGACGAAGGUCAUGAUCUUUCACCUUUGCAAAACAGCGGUCACCCCCUGGAACAGUCGGUGACCCACGAUUCAAAUCUCAUGGUCGAUUGGCACUUCCAACCGCUACAACACGCCCCUCACCACCACCUCCCAUACUCAUCCGAAGACCCAUCGCCGCAAUUUACCACCAGUUAUGGUAUUCCCAUGCAGCCUUCGCCCAUGAAUCUCAUGUCUGGACAAGCCCAGAUGGGGGCCGGCCUACUCGACGGCCCUUAUUUGCCGAUGGCACCCGUUGAUAUGGUUCCAUUCACGUAUCAGGAUUUCCAAGCGGAUCUGAUGACUUUCCCCAAUGGACUCCCGGAUGUUCAUUACGCCCCGCAUCCCGUGCUGGAGAGCAGUUCGCCCACGGAUACUUAUUUGGAGGUCCGCUCCUUAUCCAGCAGUGACAACGGCUGGAGUACUAUCGAUCACCGCCGCUCGCUCGACUUUGGCUAUCCCGAACAGGGUGUUUUCGUGAACCCCACCCAAACCUUGCAUGACCGGAGUCUCUCGGAGUCUUCCUACUCGACAUCGUACGGCAGUUUCGUGGAUAUCGCACAUCCCAUUGGCUCUCCCGCCUCCGAAAACAACAUGGAUUUGCCCUGCUACACCCAUAGCCAUGGCCACAGCCAUAGUCAUAGUCACUCCCACAGUCACUCGUACAGCAGCUCGAUCGGGAUGCCCGCCACCUCCCCGACAAGUAGCGCCGUUGUCCGUCGUGGGCAAUCCUCGCCAGGCUCUCGUUCUCCGUCUAUCGUCAGUCCCAUCGGAAUGGUGAGACCGAUCCCCGUGCCAAUCAAGAAGUCCACCUCGCCUGCCCGUUCGGCCGGAUCCCAAUCAGCCACCUCACCGCCAAGCCGCAAACCAUCUCGCAAGAGUCCCAUCGCCGCCAAGACCGCCGAGACCAAGGUCCGAAAGCAAUCUCAAACCGGCAAACCAGAGACAGAAAAGCGGGUCGGAAAGAGAAAGGGUCCCCUCAAGCCCGAUCAGCGCAAGCAAGCCAGCGAAAUCCGUAAGCUGCGCGCUUGUCUCCGCUGCAAAUUCCUCAAGAAGACCUGUGACAAGGGUGAGCCCUGUGCGGGCUGCCAGCCAUCACACGCCAGGUUAUGGCAGGUUCCUUGCACUCGUAUUGAUAUCAAGGAGAUUGGAUAUUUUAUGAAAGACUGGAAAGCGGAUUACGAGCGCCACAUCUCGAUGGGAUUCUCGGUCGGCAAUAUCAAGGGAUUCUCCGAUCAAGAACGCACACUCUUCAUCACCCAUGGCUACGGACAGAUUCUUCCCAUCAACGCACGCGAAGUCUACGUCCGUGAUGAACAGUGCUUCACAGUCGACUGGGUCGAAUCGAUGCAGCGGGACCCCACACAAUAUGAAGUCGAGACCGCCAAGCUCUCAGCCGGCAUGGAGGGAAUCUCACACGCGAUGUUGUCCGACUAUCUGGACCGCCACAUCGACGGCAACGGCACCUUUGAAAAAUUCGUCGAUGACUACUUUGAAGGCACGCCAUUCCUGACCCAAAUGCUGAAGACCGCAUUCCGCUUCUACUUCCGCACAAAGCUCCCGGUUAUCCGUAAAGCGCUGAAACUCAUCGUCGCCUACAACCUAACUAUGCAUGUGACGAUGGUCGAAGGAAUCGGCGAGGAAGAAGGCUUCCUCGGCAAGAUUAGCAACCAGAAUUCCAAAUUCUCUGGAAAGACCAUGGCUCCCGUCAUGAUCAACUUCCAGAUCAAGUGCGCUAUGGCGAGCAUGUGGCGCGAACUGCAGAAGGAUGUCCUGGAAGAAUUGUCAGCGCUGUACUCGAGCGUCUACAGCGGUGACAAGCUGAAGAAUUGGCCUACGAUUUUCAUCCUGGCAUCUAUUCUUCUCGCCGUGUGGGAGGAAAUGCAAUUCGACAGCCAUUACCGCACGCCCGAUCCCGCGGCCGUUGACAAAUUCUGCACGGAUAUGGAAACGACCCCGGUCGGCGUCAUAGUCGGCCUCUUCCAGGCUAUCUCGCAGAAGCUUCCUCCUUUCACGGAAUGGGAUUCGCAGAAGCACCACCAGCUCCUGUACUCCAAUCCGGACGUUUGCAAUACCAUGACUGAAGUGCGCCAGCACGUUGAGCAACAUGAAAGCUACCUCCGCAGCCGGACCGGCCAGAAGUUCAACCGCGGCGACUUCGACUGCCUCUCUAACAAAUUUGUUUCGCGACUAGUCAUUCGCGCCAAUUAA